GGGAUUGGGAUUGGAGUGAGUAUGGUCAAUGGUGUGGUUAGUGUUGAGCUUCUUUUCAGCGCUGAAAUGGCGGAGACGGAGUCUCUGUGAUUGUGUGGAGAAUAUUUGAUGCAAACCUUCGUCCUUUCAAAACGAAGCGUCCUCCCACUUUUUGUGGAAUCAGCCCUUCACGCCCCCCUUUUACUCUUUUUCUUCUUAUCCUUUCUCGUUCGUUCACUUAUUGUUCUUUCACUCUUGAAAUCAUGUUCGGUUUUCGAGUUUUCUGGGUAUUUGGAAUAGGAUGGUUUUGAGGAUUUGGGGUUAUGUGAUUCCUCGUAAAAAAGGUUGCUUUGCUUUUUUGAUCGGUCAUGGUUCGUGACGGCUGGGGUUCGUCGUCAUGUCAUCGUGUAUCUGUUUGUUAUUUUCUGUUUCACUUCGUUUUUGAAUUGUUCUGGAUGAGGGUUACUGCUUCAGGUUUUGGUAAUGUUCAGAAGUUAAAGGAGAAUCAUCACGCAUAGAUGAUAGGUUUCGCACCCUGUUGGUUCACGGGAAAGUGAGAAGAAAAAAAAAACUCUGUUGGAGUUGGAGAGCCUUUAUUUAAUAUUUGAAGGGAGUACGCCAUUGAUGGAUGAAUAUUCUGGUAAAAGAGCCAUUGAUGGGAUGGUAAUCCCUAGAAAGGGGGUGAGCCAUGUGUUUAGAGACACUGCUAAUGCUAAAGAUCGAAAUGGUCAGGUGUGCAGCCGCCUUACUUGCAGUAGCAGAGUCAACACUUCUAAAGGUGCUCAAAUUGGUUCUUCUGAAAAAGGAAAAUCUUUGAAACCUUCUAUUCAAUCUUCUUCUGCUGGAAAGGAAGCUGUUGGAAGCUCCUCUAGAACUUUUCCCAAGACUAGUAGCCCUGGAAAACCGCUUAUAAAGCCUCGGAAAAAAGCAGCAUCUCAGUUAGAGACAGAUUCAUCUGAAUCUAGUAGUGUAUUGGAUGAGUCAGAGGUUUCACAACUCGCCCCUUCCCCUGUAAAAAGUCAGACAGGGCUUCAAGCUGAAAUGGAAAAGACAGUGUCUGGUAAUGUCAUGAUGGAAGUAGGUAGCUCAAGUGUGGUAUCCAAUUCAAGAUCUCGGAGGAAUUUUCAUCCAAAGUCUGGAAUUAGUGGUCAGGAAAUUAAAAACACUGGUCCAGUGAUGCGUGCUGGUACCAGUAGGUAUGGAUUGAGGAAUCUCAAAUGCAACUCUAUUUCUGAUGUCCUCCCCGCCGGCUGUUCACCUUCAGAUUCAACCCUUAACAGAAGGAAGGACAUGAUAAAAAAGAGGAAUUGUGAAGGGGAAGGUAGCUCGUCUGCAAGAGGGAAGAAAAUAAGCGGGUCUUCAUUAGAAGGACGGAAUUCUGGUUCCAGAAAUGGCAUAUCCAUUUCUGAUUCAAGAAUAUCUAGGAAUACUCCUCCUCACAGGGACAGGUCAGACAGCAACAUGGAACCAGUUAGAACUCGAAAAUCAAUUAGUGGUCAUGCCAGGGGAAGGCUUUCUAGCCAAGGAAAUGCCAAUCCCGUGUCACCCAAUCAGUCCCCUGUCAUGAUACCUUCUUUGUCUCAUUCUGGUGGUCGUAAUGCUUCUGGUGUAUCACAUCGUACUUCUGUAGAUAGUUCCUUAAGUUGUCCUAGCUCUCACAGUAGGCCAGGUACUAGCAGUGAGGAGUUAUAUGGUGUUAUGCCUGGGUCUCCUUCAGAAUAUGGCCUCACUCAUUCUAUAAUGAAUCUGGAUAGCUUUCGACGGCGUUACAACGUGGAUAGUAUUGCUGAGGUAUUGUUGGCACUUGAGAGGAUUGAACAAGAUGUUGAGCUAACACAUGAGCAAAUUCGUUUACUGGAAUCCAACUUGUUCCUUACUGGGCUUAACUUCUACGAUCCGCAUAGAGACAUGCGAUUGGACAUCGAUAACAUGUCAUAUGAGCAACUGCUGGCUCUGGAAGAGAGGAUGGGUUCUGUGAGCACAGCUCUAACAGAGGAAGCGCUGUCAGAAUGUCUAAAGAAAAGUUUCUUCCAGUCCUCACCCUCUGAAAAUGCAGUCAACAGUUGCAAGGAAGCCAAGGAUGACACCAAAUGCAGCAUUUGCCAGGAGGAAUAUAUGGUUGCGGAUGAAUUGGGGAGUUUGCAUUGCGAGCACAUGUAUCAUGUGGUUUGCAUACAGCAGUGGCUUCGGCUGAAGAAUUGGUGCCCUAUUUGCAAAGCAUCUGUGGUACCGUCAAAUCCAUCCACAUCUCAAUGAUUCAAUCAAUUGCAAUGUUAGGCCAGACGAGGGAGACUAAUUUCUUUGUACCCCUCCUUCUGUUCGUUUUUUUCUUCACUUCUGUACAAAAUGCAGUUGGUCUUUACUUAUUUUUAUUGGUCUUUUGUACAUAGCCAAUAUUUUCAUCCCCCUUAUACAAUAAUCCAAGCAAGCCACUGGGCUUGAUAGACUGAAACUUAUAUGUUAAGCUGCAGGUGCAAUAUCUUAAA